AGUUCUGAACUUCUGAGGCAUCUGGGCCUCCCUAGAAGGGAUUGUAACACUGAAAGCACAGUCCUGCCGACCUAGACUCUUACCUGCCUCUUUAAGAAUUUCAGUCCAAUCGAUCUUCCUGUCUCUUUAAGGGUAGGUCCUGUGAAUGUGGCUGCCCCUUUAAGGCAACGUUGGAGCAAAUCAUGUCUGAGACUGUGGGGAUACCCGCCGGAACCUGGUGAGGCUCUAACUCCCGCCAAACAGGCGAGUCGGCUUCUUUUGGGAGUAGACUUUGCGUAAAAGAUGGCUUUCUCGGUUGUCUGCUGUGCACAAGUGGAAAUUUCCCCCACUUGUGCUCACACAGCGAGGGGGCUCCGAGCGACACCUCCCGCGCCCUGGUGCCACAUGGACGCUCCCAGAUGAGGCCCCACCCCUUUGGUUCCACGUGGUCGGCGGCGGGGCCUGAGUGGCUCUGGCUGCUAGGUCUGAGGCAUGGGUCCCGGGAUGGCGGGGACCCAGUCCGGCGGUGCUGCUCGGUUUUCUUGUCCCCCCAACUUUACUGCGACUCCCCCAGCCUCAGAGCACACUCGUUUCUCUUUGGAGGCGUUGACCGGCCCAGACACAGAACUGUGGCUUAUCCAGGCCCCUGUAGACUUCGCCCCAGACUGCCUCAAUGGGCGACUCGUGCCUCUUUCUGGCUCCCAGAUCUUGAAGGGCAAGUUGGCAGGCAAGCGGCACCGCUACCGGGUCCUCAGCAGCAGUGGCCCUCAGGCUGGAGGAGGAGCAACCCUGCUGGCCCCCUCAGCGGAGGCGGGAGGGGGACUCACCUGUGCCCCAGCGCUACAGGGCAGCCUGAGGAUCUUGGAGGGUCCCCAGGAAUCCCUAACAGGGACCCUGCUGCAGCCCAUUCCAGCAAAUCCCCCGCCACAGAUCCCCCCUGGCCUGAAGCCUCGGUUCUGUGCCUUUGGAGGCAGCCCACCAGUCACAGGGCCUGGGUCAGUCUUGGCGUUGAAGUCACUGGCCUCCGGGAAGAGGAAAAAGAAGAGGCAUGUGCCAGAGGCCUCAGUUCCUCAGGAGGCAGUGAAUGAGCCUGGGGCCCCGGAGGUGGGCACAGCUUUGGGGUCCUCAGAGGUGGAUGUGGGGAAGAAGAAAAAAAAGCAGCAGCUGAAAGACCUGGAGGUGACAGAGCCACUGGCAACAGAGCCUGCUGCUGAGAUGUUGGAGCCUCUGGGAGCGCUGUCCCCAGCCACCACCAAGAAGAGGAAAAAGAAGCCCAAAGAGGUAGAAAUGGUCAAGCCAGAAAUGGGGGUGCUGGAGUCAGAAGAAAAGACAGUGGAGCUGGAACUCAUGGUUAAAAGUGAGCCUCUGGAAGAGACAGUCCUAUCCCCCAGCAAGAAGAGGAAGAAGCAGAAGGGGACAGAUGGGAUGGAGCUGGUAGAGGGGACGAUAGUUGAGCCUCAGCUGCAGGUGAAGAUGGAGCCACAGGAGGAAGCCAUCCCACUGCUGUCCUCGAAGAAGAAGAAAAAAGAAAAGGGGUACAAAGUGAUGACGGAGCCAGGGACUGAGGUUAUAGAGCCAGAGAUGAAACCUCUGGAGCUCCCAGGGGAGAUGAUGGAGCCUGAGCUGCCACAUGAAGUGGAGCCGCAGGCUGAGGCAGUUCUGGCAUCCCCCAAAAAGAGAAGGAAGAAAGAAAAACGACAAAAUGCGAUGAUGGAGCCAGGGACAGAGGUGGUGGAGCCACAGGAAGAGGUGAUGGAGCCCGAGCCUCAGGCAGCUCUAGCAUCCACCAAGAAGAAGAAGAAGAAAGAAAGAGGGCACAAAGCGACAGAGCCAGGGACUGAAAUGAUUAACCCACAAGGUGAGAUGACGGAGCCCGAGCUGCCAGAUGAGGGGCAGUCUGAGGCCGGGGCCGAUCCGGCAUCCACCAAGAAGAAGAAAAAGCGGGGCCAGGAAAGCCAGGUGCCAGAGACAGCAUCCCAGGAGGAGAUGCCAGAGCUGCUGCUGAAUCCCGAGUCUGGGGAGGUGGCUCCCACGAGACAGGAGAGGAAGAGGAAGAAGAAGCCUCAGCAGGAUCCCGUGUAAGUCUCCGCCAGGGAAACUGAUGACUGCAACUCAGACAAGCUGAAGGUGGCCACCUGGGCCAUCAGAAGGCGAGAGCAGAGAAGACCCCCACUCCCACUGACCACACCAGCCUGAGCCUGGACCAGGAAAGUGCUUUAUUGUUACACCAAGGGCCUCCUUGGCAGCAGAGGUCAUCGGGGCACUUUCAAGAAGGGCUCGUGUAAGACAUCAAACAACCUUCGAGCCUGAAGGGGAGGGAAAAAGAAAAGGAAGCGGUCAUUAAAUGAGCCAUUUGUUUGAUACAUCAGA